UGUGAUGCUUUACAGUUCGGGACUCAGAUACAGCUCACUGUGGAGCCUCAAGAUAACUCUACGGUGGAGCCGACCCUCUUCGUGUUGAACCCUCUCCAGCCAGCAGACGGUUUGGUACUGACUCCAGAUAAACUCGGACCGGACGUUUGCUUGGCGACGAACUUCCGUCCGAAGCAUCGCGACAUCGUUCUGAACCUGAAGGGCGGCGACCGUCAGCGGGUCAACACGUCCAACGCCGUCAUCUCCGUCAGGAGCAAGAAGUACUACCACGCCUCCUUCAUCAACAGAACCAUCCUGUCCUGUGAGAUGUUCCGCACCGAUGAGACCGGCACCAAGACCAACGAGACCGCGACCAGCGCCAACAACGACAACCUCGAUCUCUGCGUUGACUUUCAUCCAGAAAAGGCCAAACUGAACUACUUCCUGUUGGUGAUGAACGGAGUCCGAGUCGUCUUCACUAAAACGUUAGCCUUCAACACGCUGCUCACCAUCAGAGCCGCAUUCUUCUGAUACUGAUCACACCCAUUGAUCCAUUGAUCUAUUGAUCUAUUGAUACAUUGAUCCAUUGAUCUAUUGAUCCAUUGGUCCAUUGAUCUAUUGAUCCAUUGGUCUAUUGAUCCAUUGAUCUAUUGAUCCAUUGAUCCAUUGAUCCAUUGAUCCAUUGAUCCAUUGAUCUAUUGAUCCAUUGAUCCAUUGGUCUAUUGAUCCAUUGAUACAUUGACGCAUUGAUAUAUUGAUCCAUUGAUCCAUUGAUCCAUUGGUCCAUUGAUCUAUUGAUCCAUUGGUC